ACUUCACCAUAUAGCAAAUCAGCUGGAAUACUUAACCCUUAAUUUUCUAAACCUUGUGCUGGUAAAGUGUAAGUUUGAAGGGGCAGGAAGAUGUUAAAGAAAUGUGCUCUAUACAGUUCAUAAGGGACAGACUUUGGUUCCAAAGCCCAUGCUGCCAGAGUGUUGCUUCAGAUUCUGCCACUCCGAACGAGGAGCCCAUGAGGAGAUGGAAGAGGAAAAAAAGGAAAGAAGAAACAAAAAGAGUGGUUGUUUCUAACUUGCCCUUCGAAGGCAACAGGUGGAAAGAAAACCCAAACAGACAUUAUGGAGGAAACAAAAUCAAAACAACAAGAUAUUCCCUCCUGACUUUUAUUCCCAAAAACAUCUUUGAGCAAUUCCAUCGUUUUGCCAAUGUAUAUUUUGUGGCCAUUGCGACUCUCAACUUUGUGCCAGUGGUCAAUGCCUUUGAGCCAGGUAUAUCCGUGAUCCCGGUUUGUGUUAUCAUGGCCAUCACAGCCAUCAAAGAUGCGUGGGAGGAUUUUCGGAGAUUCAAGCUGGACAAGAAAAUCAAUAGAAUGGACUGCCUGGUAUACAGCAGAAGCAAAAAGACCUACAUUGAAAAGUGCUGGGAAGACAUACGUGUGGGAGACUUUGUACAGCUGCAGUGUAAUGAGAUAAUCCCCGCUGACAUUCUGCUACUCCACUCCUCUGAUCAGAAUGGGAUCUGUCAUUUGGAAACAGCAAGUCUCGAUGGGGAAACCAGUCUUAAACAACGACAAGUGGUGAAAGGAUUCUCUAAUCAGAAUGCUGAAUUUGAUCCAGAAUUAUUCCAAAACAUAAUUGUUUGUGAAAAACCCAACAAUGAUCUUAAUAAAUUUAAAGGCUAUAUGGAGAAGACUGAUCUCACACGCAUCGGUUUUAACAGAGACAGCCUUCUUCUUCGUGGCUGCACAGUGAAGAACACAGAAGUUGCAGUAGGAAUUGUUAUCUAUGCAGGCCAUGAAACCAAAGCCAUGUUAAAUAACAGCGGUCCUCGUUAUAAACGCAGCAAAAUAGAGAGGCGAAUGAAUGUUGACAUAUUCUUUUGUGUGGGACUGCUGUUCAUCAUGUGUCUUGUUGGAGCAGUAGGCCACGGCAUUUGGAAUGGGCAUUUCUUAGAGCCCCCCUUGUAUAUCGUCCCAGGCAUAAAUGGCAACUAUCUUGCUCCAGCUCUGGCAGGUUUCUACAUGUUCCUGACAAUGAUCAUCCUUUUGCAGAUUUUAAUCCCCCUCUCCCUCUACGUGUCCAUCGAACUAGUCAAGUUGGGUCAAGUUUUCUUCAUUCACAAUGAUAUUGACCUGUAUUACGAGGAGCAAGAUCUGCCUAUACAGUGCCGAGCACUAAAUAUCACUGAAGACCUGGGACAAAUCCAGUAUAUAUUCUCAGACAAAACGGGGACUCUAACUGAGAACAAGAUGGUGUUUCGACGAUGUACGAUUGAUGGGAAGGAAUUUUCACAUCAGGAAAAUGCCAAGCGUUUGGAGACCUACAAGGACCUGGAUUCAGAUAGUGAAGACUGGACAAAACAUUUCAGUCUCCCUGCAAACAGGGGUGAAGAAACAGCCACUUUAACACGGAUGACCACUAAACCCUUGAGGAGGAGUCAGAGUGCUCGGGCUCAUUUUCAGACGCACGUGAGGCAUAGAUCUCUGGGUCGCUGUGGAAGCUCUCGGUCUCAAGUGGCAUUCAGUAGCACCAUAGAAAAGGAUGUUACCCCAGACAACAGGCUGUUGAUGAAAGUGAGAAAUACAUCAUGCCAACUGGACUCUUUGAUACCAUUUAUGUCUGCAAAAACCACCUCUUCCAUCACUGACUUUUUUCUCGCCCUCACCCUCUGCAACACCGUGGUGGUCUCCACAGCAACUGAUCCAAGACAAAGGGUUACUACUCCGCCCCUAAUCAAACCAUCAGGAAUUUCCCUGGAGAGAAUCCACCAGCUGUUCCAGCAGCUAAAGCUGGCAAGCCUCUCCUAUUCUUCCACAUCAGCUCGGUCUAGUUCAGACACAGGAGACAGUUUCAGCACAGAAAGCACCAGAGUCUGUGCCAGUUCCAAUGCAAAAAAUUAUUUUCCCACCCAAAGCUGCUCAACCUUAACAAAUUAUGACAGUUUUCAAGAAGACUCAGUUAUUCCAGAAGAGGCCUCUGGGGCCAGCGACGCCUGUUUGCAUGAGAUUUGUGAGACAGAUACCGAGGGGUCUUUGCAACCAGAGUUUUGUUAUGAGGCUGAAAGCCCAGAUGAAGCCGCUCUUGUCCAUGCUGCCCGUGCAUACCAGUUUACAUUAGUGUCCAGAACUGCUGACCAGGUGGCUGUGAGCUUGCCAGAGGGUACCCUCCUCACUUUUGACCUCUUGUAUACUUUGGGAUUCGACUCCAAUAGGAAACGCAUGUCUGUGGUGGUGAGGCAUCCCCUGACCAAGGAGAUAAUUGUCUAUACCAAAGGGGCUGACUCUGUCAUAAUGGACUUAUUGGAAGACCCUGCCAGAGCUACCAUGACUAUGGAAAAAAGGAUAAGAAAAGUAAGAGUUCAAACACAGAAACAUCUAGAUUUGUAUGCACGAGACGGCCUGAGAACUCUGUGCAUAGCUAAGAAGGUCUUAAGUGAAGAUGACUUUCAGAAAUGGGCCAACUUUCGUCACGAGGCAGAAACAGCAAUUGACAACAGAGAAGAGCUAUUAAUGGAGACAGCACAACAUCUGGAGACUAAACUCACUUUACUAGGAGCAACUGGGAUUGAGGAUCGUUUACAAGACGGCGUCCCUGAUACAAUUGCUGCAUUCAGAGAGGCUGGGAUCCAGAUAUGGGUGCUGACUGGAGAUAAGCAAGAAACUGCAGUCAACAUUGCAUAUUCUUGCAAACUUUUGGACCAAAGAGACACUGUCUUUACCAUUAAUACUGAAACCCAGGAGACCUGUGAAUCCCUGUUGGAUAUCACACUGGAAGAAGUGAAGAAGGCUCAAGUCAUGGCAAGAACAAUGUGGAAAGUUUGGGGCAUUAAGCUGCCAUUUUCUUGGUCAAGCACUGUGACUCCAAAUCCUGCUGUUGGUCUGGUGAUUGAUGGGAGCACUCUGCAUACCAUUUUCCAGGGACAACUUGAGCACAAGUUUCUUGAACUAGCCAAGUACAGCCGCUCAGUUUUGUGUUGUCGGUGUACUCCACUACAAAAGAGCAUGGUAGUCAAACUUGUGCGGAGUCACCUGAAAGUCAUGACCCUGGCAAUCGGUGAUGGUGCAAAUGAUGUAAGUAUGAUUCAGGCAGCUGAUGUUGGAAUUGGCAUUUCUGGACAAGAAGGUAUGCAGGCUGUCAUGGCCAGUGACUUUGCCAUAUCUCGGUUUAAGCACCUCCAAAAGUUGGUUCUAGUCCAUGGGCACUGGUGUUAUUCUCGCUUGGCAAAGAUGGCAAUUUAUUUUUUCUAUAAGAAUGUGGCCUAUGUCAACCUGCUCUUCUGGUACCAAUUCUUCUGUGCUUUCUCGGGGGCCGCCAUGAUAGACUACUGGCAAAUGAUCUUUUUCAAUUUGUUUUUCACUUCUGUGCCACCCAUCCUUUCUGGAGUCCUGGAUAAAGAUAUUUCUGCAGAAACUCUAUUAAGUUUGCCUGAGCUGUACAAGAGUGGACGAAAUUCAGAGAUAUACACGCCACUGACAUUUUGUGUUGCCAUUUUGGAGGCUUUCUACCAGAGUCUCAUCUGCUUCUUUGUCCCUUAUUUAGUGUAUUAUGAUUCUGAUAUUGGUGUUUUCACAUUUGGGACAACCGUCAACACUGUCUCCCUCUUUACCAUUCUGUUUCACCAAGCUUUAGAAAUUAAAACUUGGUGCUGGAAUAUGGAGGCUGCUAGCUUUAAGGUCUUGAAACAUUUCCCACCUGUCACCAUGCAGAGGUAUCUUAUCAUGACUCUGCAAGGCAGCUUCCAGGUUUCUCCCAUCCUCAAAGCCCAACACCUGGAUAAACUCCCUAAGGAACAACAGGACCAGGAAAUAAAGACAUGGAAAUCAAGGACACAAGCCACGUCUACAGAAGCAACUGUUCUUAGUGAUGAACUUACCCAGCCCAUUGCAAAUGUGAGCUUGUCGAUAUUUGAUCGCACAGAAGCAGGAAUGUCACUUUCUGGGAAUGGUGGCCAUGAGAACCGCUGGUCCCCAGAGCAGGAUAUACUCAGAAAAUGGAUGCCAAAUACAGAAAGCAGUAGCCAUACCAAAAGAUGGACAGAGGAGGAGGAUGGGGCUGCCAGUUUCUUUUCCACAGAAGCUUCUCUUGGGCCACGUACAGCUGCAAAACCCCUUUCUGGCUUCCUUCUCAGCAAUGAUGAAAGUUCUGUUCGAAGGAGCCAUCGGAGAUCUGUGAGUGCAGUGACCCUGUGAAGGAGCUUGAACUUUUGAUUUAAAAAGGAGUGGUGCCCCUGAAUAUUCUUUCCUUCCUACAUAGUGGGAAACUGAAGUAGAGGGGCAAACAGAAUUUAUAUUUAUAUUAAAUAACAGAGCCUUCUAGAAAGUGACGUGCAAUAUAAUUUCACCAGCAUAUUGGAGCAAUGCUUCUUCUCUUCACAGUAUGACAUACCUUAAGUAACCAAGUAUUUACUUAUUUGGAAAGAGAAUUUCCACAUUACUUGAAAAAAAUAUUACAUUAGCAUUCCCUAAUCAAUGUGAAAGAGACUUUGCUUGGAAACCAACAAUGGCACAAAUCUUUUCCUUUCCCCCCUCCCCAAGUUAUUUUCUGUGUUCAGGCCCUAAUCUUACCUUUUGCCUGACUAGCAGAUAAACAGAGGUAUACCUGCAAUCCAGUUAUGACCAAUUUAUUAUUGUAGGAAUAGGUUUUAGGAAUCGCUCCACUUUGCAACAUCUUAAACAAAGAUGAUCCCGUUUAAGGACCAAAAUGAGCUCAUUGCACUGAACUAACCUGGACAUUUUGCAAUUCAUCAUCCAUGCCUCAAGAUUUUUUAAAGAACUUUUUUUAUAGUAAACUAUUAUAAUACAGAGACAGGAGGGCCUGGUGUGAUGUGGUCCAUGAGGUCGCGAAGAGUUGGACUCAACUGUGUGACU